GCUCCCAGUAUUCCAAACACAGAUCCAGUGUCUAACAGCAAGCUAAGAUGCUACUCUUCGCAACCACCCCUUUUCUCCUUCCACUCCUCUCCACCCUGCCGAAUGCGCACGCUGCUUUAUACUACCCCACCCCAGCUCUUUCCUUUUUCGAACACAUCCUCGUCGAUAACUGGGGCGCCUACGCUUCAAACUUCUCGUCCGCAAUCACACCUUGCACGAACUAUGUCUCGCAGACCGGUACUACAGGGUUAAACAGUGGUCGCACCACGGCAGCCCAAUGGAUGCGCGUCAUGUUCCACGACUUCAUUACCGCGAAUGUGAGUGCUGGUACAGGAGGUAUUGAUGCCAGUAUUGGGUUUGAGACGGCGAGGGAAGAGAAUAAAGGGAGUGCGUUUAAUGAUAGUUUUUCGUUUUGGAAGCCGUUUGUUGGGGAGGGUAUUUCUAUGGCUGAUCUCGUUGCGCUCGGCACGGUCAUGUCGAAUAACCUAUGCGGAGGCGCGCAGAUGCCGUUUCAAGCUGGACGUGUCGAUGCGACGGAAGCUGGAAAGACGACUGGUGUUCCAGCACCGGAGACUGAUCUAGAAGAGACAUUGCUGUUCUUCGAGCGCGCUGGGUUCGAUAAAGUGGCUGCUGUCGGUCUUACAGCUUGCGGACACUCUCUUGGGUCAGUUCACCACGGUGGCUUCCCCGAGGCGGUAGAUGAGAGUUUCGUCACGCCCAAUAACACAAAUGGUGGUAGUAACUUCGACACUACACGCGGCGUCUUCGAUCCGAACGUCCUUGGCGAGUACCUGAACGGGACAGGAAACAAGGGAGGACCAUUGGUGAACUCCUACAAUGACACAAUGAACUCCGAUAAACGGCUUUACGAGAGCGACAAGAAUGCGACGAUGCAUACUCUCUUCGCACAAGGAGUUGGCUUUCUUGAUACCUGCGCCGAGCUCAUGGGCCGAGCCAUCAACACCGUGCCUGCGGGUGUUCAGCUCAGCGAGUCGAUUACUGUUAUGCCGGUCAAGCCGUUUAACACAACCUUUGACUUCGGCCAAGAUGGGAAGUUGACGCUUUCGGGAAAGAUCAGAAUCCUCACACCAGCGGACAGCUCACCACCACGAUCACUAACCCUUCGUAUUAACCACCACGAGACGGAACUUGUACCAGAAGCGGAGAUGGGAAGCUCAGUGUUCGGUCGCAGUGGUGGUGAAUACGGAACUACGACGUACUUUCCGUUCUCGCUUUCUGAAUAUGCCAUCCAGAAUGCCACGUCGUUCUCUGUACAGGUACCCAGUGCAUUGGAACAGACUUUUCGGAUCGAUAGCCAGGCAUUCUUCGUUCCAAGUCUGACAAGCAUGAGCGGCACAGCACUCAAUGUGACACUUUCCGACUGCCAAAAGAGGUCGUGUGAAGAUUUGACUAUCCUCAUUUCCGCGCCAAUAACACAGCGUGGCACGCUGGCGCCGAAAAUGAGUGAGAUGAAUGUGGUACUGAGUGAAGCGAAACAGGAAAGAAGGGUAUGUACACUCUGCGAGGGGCAUAUUGUCCUGCCCGAUGUGCCGACUGGGCUAGUUACUAUCGAAGCUUUCAUGGAAGGGAAGCUCGUUGACACUCUUUUAGUCAAUGGAGGGCAAGCUGGCUGGUAA